AUGGAGGAAGGCAGCGUGAAUACCGAGACCGGGCUGGUUAUGAAAGAGGGAGGGUAUACGGACAAAAUGACGCAACAGCGACGGAGGAAACUAGCGACAACCUUUGGAACGCAAGUCGACGCUAUCAUGCGAAGAAAUCUCGCUUAUCAGAAACGCAACUGGGGCAGCAACCUGUGCUUGGUGAGCCUCCCGGCCUUCAUGUGCAUCUUCCUCUUCCUCAUCCAACUCCUCAUCACCAACGUCCUUAACGCGCGCUUCAAGUGCGGCUGCGGCUGCCCCACGGAAUUCAAAAACCCCGACGGGUCCUGCCAGCCGGGGAAAAAAGUCUGCGGGCCUCAGUAUACAGACAAGCUCGGGCAGAUUGCGUUUUGCGAGUUCCCGCACCCGCCAGCGUGGCCGGCGUUUCUGCAGGUGCCGCCCGAGAAUUUCCGGGCGGCGGACUGGGGGUCGGGCGGCGGACUGCAGGGGUCGGGCGGCGGGCUGCCGCCCAGCAGCUGCCGGGUGAGGCCGGCGAACUUCUCGGCUGAUCAGUCGACGAGCAUGGAGGGCAACGGCACGUACCCGUGCUUUAACUCGGUCUUAUACACGGGACAGAACCGACGCAUCGCUGACAGCAUCGGCUCCAAGCUCAUCCCGGACGUGCCUCUCUUCUCCCUCCAAACCGCCAAGAAGAAGCAGAGCGUCAUGCUCUACCUCACCGAUCCUCCCUUCAACCAAACCUCGCCGCCAGCCGCGGUAGCAGCAGCAGGUCCGGGAGCGAGGCGAGGCCUGCGGAGGGUAGAAGAGGUGCUUCCAAUGGACGUGGUGCGGCGAGUGAUUCAGGAGGCAAGCAAAUGGGAAACGGCCUCACGCACGGGGUGCGGCGCCUCUGUUAAUUCCGCCUCUGUUAACUACGCUCAGGAGCGAAACCCCCGUCGGGUACUGCAAGCCAACAACGGUAACUGGGAGACGGACACAGGUUCGGGCGGCAGCUUUGGCGGUAGCAGCGGCGGGGCGGGCGGCGGCGGCGCGCUGGGCGGGAUGGCGGGCGGGUUCGGCAACAUGACGAGCGCAACCGGGCCCAACGCGACGAACUUCGGCGUUUUCAACUUCACCAAUACGUCUUACAUGAUCCCUGCGAUCACGUAUGAUAUGGCGUAUGUCCCGCCCGGGUCUAGCACCAUGCGCGGGUGGUCGUUGUAUACGGAGGAGGCGCUGGUUGGGUCUGCGACAACGGGGAAAACAAGGAACGUGACGAUUUAUCUGAUUCAGCCCAGCUGCGCGAAAUACAGCCUGCUGCCGCAGAGCUCCAAUAUCGCGUUUUCCGGAUUCAACAUGACCAUCCGCAUCGAGUGUCUGGUCACGCUCUCCCUGUGGCGAGCCAACACCUCCAAUAUCAAUGAUGAUCUCUACCAUGGCUACUACCAGGGCAACCCCUCCGCCAUCCCCAACCAGUACAUGUCCGCCUACGACUUCCAAAACUCCUCCGCCUCGCUCUUCCGCACGCAGAUCUGGUACAACGCCUCCUACUCGCGCGCCUUUGCCCUCGGCGGCUCCUCCGCUCUCAUCCGCUUCCCCCGCUCCAUGAACCUCGCGGUCAACGCGUUUGUGAAGGCCUUGCUCAGCCCGAACGCCACGAUUCCGCUGCUGUACUUGAAGGAUUUUCCGCGGCCGCAGGAUUCGGUGGGGUUGGACUCUGCGACGCUGCUGGGGCCGCUGUUUUACCUGUGGAUGCUGCAGCUUCUGUACCCCGUGUUUACGUCGAGCCUGGUGUAUGAGAAGGAGAAGAAUCUGCGGAUGAUGAUGCGCAUGCAUGGGCUUAAGGACGGGCCCUACUGGCUGAUCUCCUACUCCUACUUCACCAUCAUUUCGAUUAUCUUCAUCGCCGUCUUCCUUAUCGCUGGCUUCAUCAUCCAGCUGAAAAUGUUCACUGCAAGUCCAGUAGGCCUGCAGCUGCUGGCCUACGGGGUGUUCAUCUUCAUGCAGAUCUCCUUCUCAGUCCUCACCUCCACCGCAUUCAACAACUCUAAAGUUGCAACGGUCGUCUGCUACUUCUAUGUGUUUGGCUCGGGGCUCAUGGCCAACUUCCUCUUCCGCCUCUUCCUCGACUCUCAGAGCUCUUCAACCGGGGUGUUGAUUGCCCUGCAGCUCAUCCCUGCCUUCUCCAUCUACCACUGUCUCUACGAGUUCGCCAACUCAGCAUAUGACGCGGCCGUGAUGAACGGAGCUGGCACGCUGACGUGGCAGUCGGCCCAAAACGCGGGGUUCUUCACGGCGGUCCUCAUCCUCCUUAUAGAGGCGCUCGUUUUCCUGCUAGUGGGGCUGUAUCUGGACCAGGUGGUGGCGGUGGGUAGCGGCGUGAGGAAGCAUCCCCUGCUGGGGCUGCAGAAGCUGUUCAAGAAGGGCAAGAGGCAGGACGCGAGGAGGAGCAGUGUGAUGGAGGAGGGAGCGGGCGAUGAGGACAAGCCGGAUGUGAUGGAAGAGCGAGCUCUGGUGGACUCUCUGUUGCACUCCGAAUCCCCACCAGCCUCGCCACACUACUCCAUCAUCUGCGAUCAUCUCAGGAAGGUCUACCCGGGAACCGACGGCAACAAGCAGAAAGUCGCCGUGCGGGACCUCUCGGUCGCCGUGGCUAGAGGGGAGUGCUUUGGCAUGCUGGGGCCAAACGGGGCGGGCAAGACGACGACGCUGAGCAUGAUGAUGGGGUUCCUCAAGCCGAGCGAGGGCGAGGCCAUCAUUGAAGGCAUGGGGAUUGUCGACGACAUGGACGCGAUUUACUCCAUCAUGGGCGUGUGCCCGCAGCACGACCUGCUGUGGGAGCAGCUGACAGGCAGGGAGCACCUGCUGUUCUAUGGGCGGCUGAAGAACCUGCGCGGGCAGGAGCUGAAGGAGGCAGUGGAGAAAUCCCUCAAGAGCGUGAACCUGCUGGCAGGGGGCGUGGGAGACAAGGUGUCGGGGCAGUACAGCGGCGGCAUGAAGAGGCGGCUCAGUGUCGCCAUCUCCCUUAUAGGCAACCCCCUUGUUGUGUACAUGGACGAGCCGAGCACUGGGCUUGAUCCGGCGUCAAGGAAGCUUCUGUGGGAUGUGGUGAAGGCUGCCAAGAAGGACCGAGCGAUUGUGCUGACGACCCACUCAAUGGAAGAGGCCGAAGCUCUCUGUGACAGGCUCGGCAUUUUCGUGAGCGGGCAGUUUGAGUGCAUCGGUAACGCGCGCCAGCUCACCACGCGUUACGGCGGGACGUACGUGCUGACGGUUACCACUCCCCUGGAAGAAGAGGAGAACAUCGGGCGGGUCGUAAAUUCCAUCUGCCCGAACGCGAAGCGGAUCUACAGCCUGGCGGGCACGCAAAAGUUUGAGAUGCCCAUGGCUGAGGUGGAGGUAGCAGAUGUGUUUGCGACGAUUGCGUCUGUGCGCGACCAAAUGUCGAUCAGGGCAUGGGGCUUCACCAACACGACUCUGGAGGAUGUGUUUAUCAAGAUUGCCAAGACUGCGCAAGCUACACCAGUUUGA